AUGGGAGAAGUUCAAAAGGGGUUCUUUUCGGUGCUACAGAAAUUAAAAGGAACCACAGAACAGGAACUUCGGAUAGUCCUCCUGGGUCUAGACAACGCUGGCAAAACAACGCUGCUAAAACAGCUAUCAUCCGAGGAUGUCAACACCAUUACUCCCACACAGGGCUUCAACAUUAAGAGUCUCACGUCUCACGGAAUGAAACUGAACGUGUGGGACAUCGGAGGACAGAGGAAGAUCCGGCCCUUCUGGAAGAAAUAUCUGGAAAACACAGAUUUGUUGAUAUAUGUCAUAGACAGUACAGACAAGAAGCGGUUUGAAGAAACAGGACUGGAACUAUCAGAGCUGAUUGAUGAGGAGAACCUGAAGGGGGUUCCGGUGCUCAUCUUUGCUAACAAGCAGGACUUGGCCACGGCCUCGCCCGCCAGCGAGAUCGCAGAGGGCCUGAACCUGCACACAUACCGCGACCGGGCGUGGCAGAUCCAGGCCUGCUCAGCUGUCUCUGGAGAGGGUGUACAGGACGGCAUGAACUGGAUUUCCAACAACAUUGUAAAUAAGAAGAGAGAUGACUAACCCCUGAAUACCCAACGUGAUGCUUUUUAAACACACUUUUGAGUGUUUCACGUACAUAUGUUGACACCCAAUGCAAUGGUGACAGGUUUUAUAGAUGAAGCCUUCUCUCUGAAGAUGUCCCCAAAACAUUUGAGAGCUUGCUGGCUUUUCAAAUCCAGCCACAAGAAAAUGGAUGGAAGAUUUUGGGUUCACAGAGACCAUCAACAAGAGAAAAAUCACAACUCCCGGUCCCAUUAAGGGUUAUUGCCACUGCUCUGGAAUGAUACUUUCUUUGAUUUAGUCGAUGAAAGAAAAAAACGAUCCUUGAAGAGCACAAGUAAAAACAAGGGACAGAGCGUGUAAUGGGCGAAUAGCCCAGCAACGUUUUGAGUAGAACAUCUCUCUUUAGUU